AUGUCCGACUCUUCUCCUUCGUCCUCCUCCCCCUCAUCGUCGCCCAACUCGCUGUCCUCAGAAAGUUCGCCUUCUACGCCCCCCAACAUGCACCAAAAUACGAUCGAUCCAGCGGCCAAAUGGCUCGUGCAAAAGUUCGGCGGGACGAGCGUUGGCAAAUUCGCCGUCAAAAUCGCUGAAGACAUAGUCUCGGAGUACGUGGACCAGCACAAGGUCGCCAUCGUCUGUUCCGCCCGCUCGGGGUCCACUAAGGCCCUCGGAACGACGAACCUCCUCUUGCGUGCCUCGAGCGAGGCACUGCAGCGCCCGAAUCACUCAACGGAGACGCCAGGGAGCGUCACACCCGGUAUGCUCUUCACGCAGCUCGCGCGUGUGCAGUCGCCCCCGGACAGUCCAAGGCAGCGCAGCGCGUCGUCCCCGCGUUCGGGCUCGACGUCUGCGUUUGGCUCGUUGUCCAUCCCAUCGUUCCGUCCCGUAUUCAGCCACACGGUGGACAUCAUCCGCACGGAGCAUCUCGUCGCCGCACGAUCGUCCAUCCGCGACCAGGAGAUCUUGCACGAGCUGGAGGCAGAGAUCGAGCGGGACUGCGAUGGGCUGGCGUCAUUCUUGUUUGCGACGCAGGUCAUCGAUGAAGUCUCCCCGAGAUCCAAGGACAAUAUAGUCGGUUUCGGCGAGCGGUUAGCGUGCAAGAUGAUGACCGCCAUUUUGCGGGAUCGAGGCAUCGACGCCGAGUACGUGAGCCUCGAGCACAUCGUUCCCCUCCCAGAAGAGGGCGAGGCGUCCUCUCAAACCGAGACGCUCGGCCAGGACUUCUAUGACCGCGUUGCGGAGGCAGUCGGCGAGCGCAUUAGACAGUGCGGCAACCGUAUACCCGUAGUCACCGGUUUCUUCGGCCCUGUCCCGGGUUCCCUACUGCGGCAGGUCGGCCGGGGAUACACAGAUUUACUCUCCGCGCUGCUCGCGGUGGGCCUCGGCGCGUCCGAGCUGCAGAUCUGGAAGGAGGUGGACGGGAUCUUCACCGCAGACCCACGCAAGGUGCCAACGGCGCGUCUUAUCCCGAUCAUUUCCCCGGAGGAAGCUGCGGAGCUGACGUACUACGGCAGCGAGGUCGUGCACCCGUUCACGAUGGAGCAGGUCAUCCGGCGGAAGAUCCCAAUACGCAUAAAAAAUGUCGAGAACCCUCACGGCGGAGGCACCGUGAUCCACCCGGACGCAGACCUCGACGGGCCUUCCUUCCCCGACACGGCCCCCGAGGCGCUCGUGCGGGCUCUGGGUAGCUCGUACGAGCGCAAGCUCCCGACGGCGGUAACGAUCAAGGAGCGGAUCGUGGUGCUGAACGUCAGCUCGAACCGGAAGAGCGUGUCGCACGGGUUCCUCGCGGGGAUCUUCGGCACGCUCGACCGGCACGGCGUCGUCGUGGACCUGAUCAGCACGAGCGAGGUGCACGUCAGCAUGGCGAUCGAGGACGCGUGGGACAAGAAGGUCCUCGACCGCGUCGUGCGCGAGCUCCGGAAGAGCGGGUCGGUCACGGUCAGCCGCGACAUGGCGAUUCUUUCGCUUGUGGGGAAAAAGAUGCGGCACAUGGUGGGGAUUGCGGGGCGCAUGUUCACAACGCUCGGACAGGGCAGUGUGAACAUCGAGAUGAUCUCCCAGGGCGCGAACGAGAUCAACAUCUCAUGUGUCAUCGACGGCCGCGACGCCGUCAAGGCGCUCAACCUCAUCCACCAGAGCUGCCUACAGAUCGGACCCGAGGUUGUCAAGGGGCGAGUAGGCCCGUGGUUGUUUUAG